CAAGCUAGAAGACACUGACACAGCUUCUGUUUGGAUUGCAUCUGCAGAAGAUCGAUCAAUAGCCUACUCUACUACUCAACCUAUUCUUCGUUCCAACACACAAAGACAGCAGCCAGCACGCGAUGAAGCAAAAGAUUGUCAUCAGAGUGAGCAUGUCGUGCGACAAGAGCCGGUCGAAAGCCAUGUCGAUGGCGGCGAGAACAGCCGGGGUGAUCUCGAUGGGCAUCACCGGCGACGCGAGGGACCAGCUGGAGGUGGUCGGCGACGGCGUCGACCCCGUGUGCCUCGUUAGCUGCCUCCGCAAGAAGCUCGGCGUCGCCCACAUCGUGAAGGUGGAGGAGGUGAAGGACCCGAAGCCGGAGGAGAAGAAGAAGGAGGAUCCCAAGCCGCCGGUGCCCGUAGUGUGCCCGCCGCCGCCCUGCUACCCCGGUCCCGGCUAUUACCACCACCCGUACCCGUCGCAGAUGGUGGUCUGCGAUGAGCCCAGCAACUGCGGCAUCAUGUGAUUGCCAGCGACCGACUUCUUGCUACAUUAUUUGGCAGCAACUAUAGAUAUGUGCAUGUUUUGUUGGUUGAUUACAGUAAAUAAAAAAGGAGAAAUGGAUAUAUUGAGGGGUUCA